CUGCAGGAGGAGGAGAGGCAGGAGGACUCCGAUCACUGCUCCCGCUGUGACGUCAGCUGGCUGCCUCCGCUCUCCGCUGCUCCUCCGGACACAGCGCCGAGUGAAAAAUGCUGCUCUCUGUGCCGCCAAGGACAGGAAUCAAUCCGUACAACGGCUACACCGGCAAAAACAACAAGAAGCAGACAUAUGUGUCCUCAUCCAACCACCAGAUGGCUCCUCCAAGCCCCAACAACCAUAACAGCAAUACAACCACUAACACCAUCAAUAACAGCAGCAGCAAUGGAGGAGAGCAGCUGAGUAAAACCAACUUGUACAUACGUGGCCUCCACCCAGGAACCACAGACCAAGAUCUGGUCAAGCUCUGUCAACCGUAUGGAAAAAUUGUGUCCACCAAGGCCAUCCUGGAUAAGACGACCAACAAGUGCAAAGGAUACGGCUUUGUUGACUUUGACAGUCCAGCAUCUGCUCAGAAGGCAGUAACGGCGCUGAAGGCGGCCGGUGUACAGGCUCAGAUGGCCAAACAACAGGAGCAGGACCCUACCAACUUGUACAUGUCCAACCUGCCGCUGUCUAUGGAUGAGCAGGAGCUGGAGAACAUGUUGAAGCCCUUCAGCCAGGCAAUUUCAACGCGGAUCCUCCGGGACGCCAACGGAGCCAGUCGAGGAGUGGGCUUUGCCAGGAUGGAGUCAACAGAGAAGUGUGAGGCCAUUAUUCAGCAUUUCAAUGGAAAGUAUAUCAAGACUCCUCCUGGAGUGCCAGUCCCAUCAGAGCCCUUGUUAUGCAAAUUUGCUGAUGGCGGCCAGAAGAAGCGUCAGAGUCAAGGGAAAUAUCUGCAAAAUGGCCGUUUGUGGACAAGAGAUGGUGAGACGGGAGGAAUGACACUAACGUAUGAUCCCACAACAGCCUUACAGAAUGGGUUCUACUCUUCUCCUUACAGCAUUGCCCCAAACCGGAUGAUGGCACCGACCUCACUCUCCCCAUACAUGCACUCACCGGUGUCCACCUACCAGGUACACAACCCAUCCUGGAUACAUCAUCAGUCCUACAUCAUGCCACCUACAGGGGGAGUCCUGACACCAGGAAUGGACCACACCAUGUAUCAGCCAACAUCAAUGAUGGGACCUCUGGCACAGCAGCAGCACCUCUCCAUGGGCAGCAGUGGCACAUACAUGCCAGCAAACGCCUCUAUGCAGGGGACCUAUAUCCCCCAGUACACCCAAGUGCCUGCCACCAACAUGUCAGUUGAGGAAAGUGCUGUCCAGCAACCUGUUGCCAUAGAGACGCCCACAGAACACGCAACCUACUCUUACCAGCAUAACAAGUGAGGUCUCUCAGUCUGGAGCUCCUGCGACUCUCAUGGCGCCCGUGUCCGGACAUUCGGCACAGUGGCUCUGCACACAAUGCACCAGACACUUGGGAGGAAUGUGGACCGUUACACAAAAAAGGACUAAACUAUAUUUUCUACAAACUCAUGUUUUAAUACAAACUGUUACACUCCAAAUCACUGAGGCUGAAGAACGGCAGGAAAACGAGCUACAGAACGGAACGCAGAGCGUCAUGUUUUGGGAACAUUCGGGCAAAAGGUCACACUCAGACAGAUUCACUACUCAUUUUAUGAACAGCAAGUUCAUAAUCCUUUCUGGAGAGCUCGAAACCAACCAGAAAAGAAGCAUUUCAGCUCCAUGCUGUGUUUUGGAUCAUGCUUUUGUUUUGUAAGAUAUGCUGAUUUUAAAUCGGCUUUUUAGUCAGAUACAUUCUGGCUUUCCACCUUUCUUUUGUACAUAAUUCUUUAUUUGAGUGUAUGUGUGUUUGUAUUUUUUUAAAGCUUUAUGUGUUUUUGACUUAUUGAUUGAUGCAAAUGUUUGAAGGCUCAAAAGCAGCUCAUCAAAAAAAGCCAAGGACUCGCACGUUGGACAGGUUUGGUGCCUAAGAUUAAUUUCUCUCAAAGUGGCAGCACUUUGACCAGGUAUCAAACUGUACCUGGACUCCCUUGUAUUGUAUUUUUUUUUCCUGGCACUUGACUUUAAAAUAAUUUAUAGUUCUGCCAUUUUGACAAGCUUUGGACAAUCAGAUUAAAAAGAAGAGAUUUAGAGAUGGCAGUAAGUCAUCAAAGACGCACGUCAGAGAUUCCUGCAAAAGAGGAUUCAAAGCAUUCCACAGAAUAUGACCAGAAGGGUUCUGAAUCCUGCUUCACUUUGAGCUGCUCCACACAGUUAAAUCCAAACUGGGGUAACAGUGAUGGAUACACUCAGAGCUGCCUGUACAUAAGAGGAAUUUAUUGAGGCUUUCUUUGGAUUCUACUUAUCGAUGUAGUGAGGCUUCAGUGUUUGAGAACAGUUGUUCCUAAAGUCUGAAAUCUUCACAGAAACCUGUACGGCUCUGUCCUGUGAUUAGAAGAAGGUUCAGUAGAUUGAUGUGGCCGUAUCGAUGGUUUAAUAUUUGUCUGUUACUGUGUGUGUUUGGGUUGUCACAUUUGUUUUCACCCUCAUGUUUUUAUAUCUCUUAUUUAAAAAAGUUUUUGAAAUUCACUUGGAAUACUUUUAAGAUUGAUCUUUUUUUUUAGAAGCAGAAGAAGCUUGAUUUUAUUUUUGAGUUGUGUAUUACUAGAAAAUUUUCAGUUUGCUUGAUUUUUGUCUCAUUCUUGGCAAUGAAGCUUUAAUUUUUUUUAUUCAUUUCACUUGUCUCAAAUGUUGGCACUUGAUGAACAUGACUCCUGAUCAUGGUGUGAAUUAUGUUUGCUUGGUUAUUCAUGUCUUCUUUUUUUUAAAACACAGUUGUGUCCCUAACAGUUGGGACAAUUUGGCAAAUAUGUUCUAAACCUUAACUUACCUCAUCUCACCAGAGCAAUGUAGGUGCAGUUUGUGUACAACAGAUGACGGGCAAUAACCACGCGGGUAGUUCUGGUGGCUCCUCACAGCUGGUACUGUGUCCAUGUCCUUUAAUGCUUCUGUCCAACACACUCAGUCUGAUCUAUGCAAUUAAUUUAUUGUCCUUAAAAUGCAA